AUUAAGUUUCCUAGGACAGACUCAUCUUUGCGGAUACCACUGCAGAAUAGAAAACAGACCUAGGGAGACAUUUCCUCCCACACACCAUCCCAAUCCCAUUGGCCCUCUAGACAGCCAAAUUACAAGUCCUGGAACACAACCUCGUCAUUUUCAGCACUCUAGGCGUGGACAGCUCCUGCAUCUUGGGCGCUUCCUCUGCAGUGUGCCGCGCGAGAGCCACAGCGCUCGGUGCAGCACGCGACUGGACCUCUAGCGCUCCCUCCUCCCAGUCCGUACCCCUUCCCCCCUCCCUUAGCUCACUCUACCGGCCACUUUGAGGGAUUUCCUCUCGGGGCGGCCUUUGCAGCAGCAACACGUCUGCCUGGUUGGCGGCAACUGCGAGCAUGGAUCUCCUAGGAAAAGCCCUUCUCAGCGGAGACAGACUUCGGAUUCUCCUGAUGCUCUUCCAUACAAUGGCCCAAACCGUGGCAGAACAAGAAGUGGAAAAUCUUUCGGGCCUUUCCACGAGCCCUGGGAAAGACAUAUUUGUGGUGCGGGAAAAUGGGACAACGUGUCUCAUGGCAGAGUUUGCAGCCAAAUUUAUUGUUCCUUAUGAUGUGUGGGCCAACAAUUAUGUGGAUCUGAUCACAGAGCAGGCUGAGAUCGCCUUGACCCGGGGAGCUGAGGUGAAUGGCCGCUGUGGCCACAACGAAUCGGAGCUGCAGGUGUUCUGGGUAGAUCGCGCCUACACACUCAAAAUGCUGUUUGUAAAGGAAAGUCACAACACUUCCAAAGGAUCAGAGGCGACUUGGAGGCUGAGCAAGGUGCAGUUUGUCUAUGACACCUUAGAGAAAACUCACUUUAAAGACCCAGUGAGUGCUGGAAAGCACACGGCCAACUCUCAUCACCUCGCUGCCUUGGUUACCCCAGCUGGGAUGUCCUAUGAAUGUCAGGCUCAGCAGUCCAUUUCUCUGGCCUCCAGUGAUCCUCAGAAAACGGUCACUAUGAUUCUGUCCGCAGUACACAUCCAACCCUUUGACAUCAUCUCUGAUUUCGUCUUCAGUGAAGAGCACAAAUGUCCAGUGGAUGAGCGAGAGCAGCUGGAAGAGACCUUGCCCCUGAUUCUGGGUCUCAUCUUGGGCCUUGUCAUUGUGAUAACUCUUGUGAUUUACCACAUCCACCAUAAAAUGACUGCCAACCAAGUGCAGAUCCCCAGAGAUCGAUCCCAGUAUAAGCACAUGGGCUAAGGACCAUUAGGCAGACAGCCUCUAGGUCCUGCCCCCAAACUGGAUCAAUUAGAACGACAAUGGCACUUUUCACCUGUAUACAGGAUACACCAACAUAGCUACACUCUAACAGGCCUGGGCACCUGAGUCUUGCCUGGCCUGUGUCCAUGCUUAAACCCAGGGAUUGCAGGCAGGUCUUGGGAUUUGUGAAUUGAGUGAUGGCUGUUGUUUCCAUAC